AUGUGUCCUCGAUAUCAACGGAUAUUCCGGGCUCGAAUCGGACUUGUUGGACAUCUUCUGAUUAACUGUAACUCUCGAACUGCACCAAACUUCAUCCCCCAGCCAUCCUCUUCCUCCUCCUCUCCGCCGCCAACUAACACUGACAAUUCUUCUGACGCACCACUUCCAUCCUCCUCCUCCUCCGCCUCCUUCGCCUCCUCCUCAUCCUCCUCAUCCUCCUCCUCCUCCUCCUCCUCCUCCUCCUCGCCCACUGUUCCAACGGCGGCCGCUCAGGCGACUGUCCCACGCACAAUAACCGACAAUACAACCACCUCCCCCGACUCCAUGGAUGAGGAUCAGGACUGCAACUGCCCUCCCUGCGACCGUACCUUCACCUCACACAUCGGCCUGGUAGGUCACUUGCGAAUCCAUCGCACAGAGCCUGACGAACCAGUGCGUGAAGCACCAACCUACACCCACCGCACUCGCCUCCACUGCCCACACUGCCCUCGCACCUUCAAGCUUCGCAUGGGACUUUUCGGCCACAUGCGCAUCCACGAGAGCGGCCUUGACCGCACUCCCGACAAACCCACUACAUCCAACACAUCCACCGUGCACACCCCCAAUCUCGUUCCAUCCGUCCGCGACACCACCACCACCACCACCACCGCCUCCUCUGUAGCUGACACUGACACCGGCGACUUCUAA